AUGCUUAAUGGCACCCGAUCAAAGAGGGCUGAGAAGUCCACCGAUACAACCCCAACCGUUCUCAAACGGCAUGGAAUCACAUCCAAGGUCCUUUCCCCAGAAUGGCUGGCGGAUCGCGAGUGUUACACCACUGAAAACCACUGCUGUCCUUGCUUGGUUUAUGCGCAUACCGCAGAGAGACUGGAAAGAAUUGCGUACUUUGAAGAUCCCCUCGAUCCGUCUUCGCAAUCUUGUAGCGGUCCUUGUUGGUCCUGCUGUCUGAGCUCCACGAUCUGCAACUGGAGAGGGCCUAUUAGAGAACAACGACAGGACAUUCGGGAACGAUAUGGUAUUGCGGGAACUGACGAUAUGGACAACUCUGAGGCAUGUUGGCACCCAUUUUCAACCCUCAGGUUGAAUCACGACGAGGUAUACCUUCGGGAGAAGCUCUGCCGUGAUCUGAAAUUUCAACCCUUCGCCCCGAACCCGCCAAUAGAAACGCGUCGGUUCAAGCCAGGGCCAAAUAGCCCAUACAGGUCGCCUCCACAGAUGCAAAUGCAGAUGCGCAACUCUGUUCCCUAUCUGCCAACAAUCAACGAGUCUUCAGCGGAGACGGGGAGAAACCCGCCAUCCAGUCCCGAGCCAAGUAUUCGCAGCCCUGAGACAGCCACUUUGGCUACCCCAGCCAGUCCCGAGUCUUCGAAAGGGCCAGGAGUUGAUGAAUAUUCUUCUCCUCAAGGUCCAUUGCACAAGCGUAAAGAUACUCCUGCAAGGUCACCAGAUGUGUUACGAAGCCCAGUCCUAAAAUCGCAAGAUACCCGUAUAGUGGCAACUAAAUUUGCGGCACCCCAUCGACUUAGCCACGAUCCGACAGUUCCGGUGGGAGAAGAGCCACUAUCUCAUAACGUCUACGACGACCCUUUGUUUGGCAUUGCUCAGGAAGUGCAACUUCACAGUGUUCACGACGAUCCUACAAUUCAAGUGGCACGUCGAUUCACACCUCAUCAAAUCACCCUAGAUCCAAAAGCGCCGAUAUCAGCCACAGCACCAGCUCAUGGCAUACAUGAUGAUCCCACGGUCAAGGUUGCACAACAACCGGCACCACAUACCGUACAUGAAGAUCCCCAAAUCCAAGCUGUUGACCACGCUUAUGACCAUCGGCUCAGCCAAGACCCUAUGGUUGUCGCCCAAAACCCACCAAUGCCUCACAGCGUCCAUGAUGACGAAAUAGUAGCCAUUCCUGGGGCGUACCAGCCGGCUCUACACAGCUUGGUUAGGGAUGUCCAGGUGCAUGAAGGAGGAAAGCCCAAGCUUCAUAGCGUUCAGGACGACUCCACAGUUAACGAUACGAAGAGAAACCCGUAA